UGUCUCAUUCAGUGAGUAGUUUUUCGUGAAUGCGAGAAAACAAAGGUAAAAAUAUAUAAUUUUCCGAUAAAAAUGUUGGGUGUGUUCAGCAGCUCCAUAGUGUCGCCUCCGGACGAGCUGGUGGCCGCCGGCAGCCGAACUCCGUCACCAAAGACGACGGCGACGACUCUGCGGAAGCGGUUCGAGGAGAGGAACGGGUCGGUAGUGUCGGUGGAGGUCGGAGAGCAUGUCCAUCUAGCUUAUUCCCACCACAACGAGUCGCCGUGGCAUCCCAGAUCAUUUGCUGUGAAGGAUGAGAUAUUCUGCUUAUUUGAGGGAGCUCUUGACAAUUUGGGGAGUUUGAGACAACAAUAUGGAUUGGCCAAAUCAGCCAAUGAAGUACUUUUGGUGAUUGAGGCUUACAAAGCUUUACGUGACAGAGCACCCUACCCUCCCAAUCAUGUUGUCGGCCAUCUCAGUGGGAGCUUUGCUUUCAUUGUUUUUGACAAAUCCACUUCUACCCUCUUUUUAGCCUCUGACCAAUUUGGUAAGGUACCUCUAUAUUGGGGAAUAACAGCUGAUGGAUAUGUAGCAUUUGCUGAUGAUGCCGAAUUGCUCAAAGGUGCUUGUGGCAAGUCACUUGCUUCUUUCCCUCAGGGAUGUUUCUACUCAACAGCUGUUGGAGGAUUGAUGUGCUACGAGAAUCCUAAAAGUAAGAUUACUGCAGUACCUGCUAAUGAGGAGGAAAUAUGGGGUGCAACCUUCAAGGUGGAAGGGUCAGCAGUUGUAGCAGCCAGACAGUAGACCUUGAUGCUGGUGGGAUGCGAUGUGAUGAUAAGUGGGGCAUUUGGGGAGUGCAAGGCAUGGAUGAGGGCAAAUGUAAUUAAAUGGUUUGCUGGGUGAUGACUGGAAUUGGGCAAAGUGAUGGGGUGUGUGUGUAACUUUGUUCAUUAGAUAGAGAAUUUACUGUUUCUAUCAAUGUACAGUUACCCUUGUCUUCCUAAUAAAGUCUGGUUUUGGCUUAACAGCAUUCUAU